AUGGUAAGAUCGGAGAAACUAGAAAGGGGAUAUGUAAAGGUAAAUUGGGAUGCAUCUAUGGAUCUGAAGGGGAAGAGAAUGGGAAUAGGGAUUAUGAUAAGGGAUGAACAAGGUGAGGCUAUGGUAACAGUGUGUGAUCAAAAGCCUAACGUGAUCGAAGCAACAGUAGCAGAAAGCAUAGCACUGAGAAAAGCAGCAGAGAUAUGUGCAGAACUUAACAUACAAAGGGCCACUUUUGAAGGGGAUGCAAAGAUAGUGAUUCUUGUUGUGAAUGGCGAUGAGGAUGCUUGUUUCAAUUUUAGUCCUAUAGUGGAAGACAUUAGAUUUUACUUCAGUAGUAGACCAAAUUGGUCUAUACAGUUUGUACCUAGAGCCAAGAAUAUGGCAGCACAUAGUUUAGCUAAAAAAGCUAUAGUUAUGGAGGAAGAAAGAGUAUGGAUUGAGGAGGUCCUAGAAUUUAUUGUGGGAGUUCUAAAUAGUGACAAAGAUGUAAUUCAGAAAGUUUAA